GCGCGCCGGGUUGGUCGCGGAGUGCUGGCUCCGUCUGCGACCUGGACCCAGUUAAGGCUGCUUUUCUUCAAGCUCCUCGGGUGGUCGCCGGGCUCCACCAGGGCUGGGAACCUGCGAUCUCCCUGGUGGUGCCUACCUACCUUCCAAGCCCCCUCUUGCCCCGUAACCCCCUCACUCUGCACCUGGCCACAGGAUUUGUUCGGUGUAAGCAUGGUCGUCCCGCUACUGAGCCUUCAUGUCAAGUCUCUCGGAGCAAGUCCAACAGUUGCUGGAAUAGUAGGCUCCUCCUAUGGCAUCUUGCAGUUCUUUUCCAGUACAUUGGUGGGCUGCUGGAGCGAUGUAGCUGGCAGGCGGUCUUCCUUGCUGGUGUGCAUCCUGUUCAGUGCCCUGGGGUAUCUGAUUCUUGGAGCAUCUACCAACGUGUUCCUGUUUGUCCUUGCUCGAGUCCCUGUGGGUCUCUUUAAACACACACUGUCCAUUUCAAAGGCUCUGCUCUCUGAUCUGGUUUCAGAGAAGGAACGGCCACUUGUGCUCGGACAGUUCAACACGGCGUCCAGUGUGGGCUUCAUCCUGGGCCCUGUGGUCGGGGGGUACCUUACUGAACUGGACGGCGGGUUUUAUCUCACAGCCUUCAUCUGCUUCUCCAUCUUCAUUCUCAAUGCUGGUCUCGUGUGGCUCUCUCCGUGGAGUGACGGGAAACGCGGCGGUGCAAAGGAUGGCCCACGAUGGGGCCAGAGCCGUGCGCUUUGGAGAAGGACCAGCUCUGGGACGCAGGCAGCGGCCAGGCCGCCGCAGGUGGAGGUGGCGGCCACCCUGUGGGGCCUGCGGCACCUGCUGGGCUCGGCCGCGUGGGACGUGCUCCUGGUGCGCUGGCUCAUGGCCCUGGCGGUCAUGCUGUACCACAGCAACUUCGUCCUGGCCCUGCAGGAGCGCUUCGGGCUGCGACCACGCAUGGCCGGCUACCUCCUGGGCUCGGGCAGCGCCCUGGGGGCCCUGGCCGGCCUCGCGCUCGGGCCAGUGCUGCGGCUGGCCGGCCACCAACCGCGCCGGCUGCUGCUGCACUCGAGCGCGCUCACCUGCCUGCUGCUGCUGGCCUUCGCCGCCACCCGCAGCGUGGCCGUCAUGGUCCUCUGCUCCACCCUCCUGUCCGUCUCCACCUCCAUUGGCCGGACCUGCAUCACCGACCUGCAGCUGAGCGUGGGUGGCGCCGGCGCAGGCGGCGCCCUCCUGGGCCUGGGGCAGUCGGUGACGGCCGUGGGCCGGGUCGUAGCCCCCCUCCUCUCGGGGGUGGCCCAAGAGGUCAGCCCCUGCGGCCCCCCUGGUCUGGGGGCGGCGUUGGCCUUAGCGGCUGUGAUCAUCAUGUCACUAAACAGACCUCACUCUGGAAGCAAUGGGAGCGACAGGUUAAAAAGCGAGUAGGUGCAUUUGGACCACGCCAAGAGACAGAGUCCGAGCUGUGUCCGCGAGGACAGAGGCCACACUCAGGGGUGCUCCAGAAAGGGUCACUGAGACAGCACGUGGCUGUGCUUCGCUGGUGGACAUCCAGUCCGGCCUGCCAGACGACGAGAACCAGCAUUGGACACGCGUUGGAGCAAAGCUGUGCGAGAGGAGAAGGGAUUCAGUGUUUCUCCACGCGUCUCCCCUUCCUCCUGGCCGGCGGGGUUAGAAUUCUCCAGGGGAGCAGUGUAUCCCCAGUGCAGGACAGGGAAGCGGUGGCGAGGCAGCAGACUCCAGUAUGUGCAAAGAGGGAAGCAGCCAUCGGGAUUCCCCUGAUAAAUAAAAGGGUAACAUGAACACUGACCAGCUGGACCCUGGUGUCAGGUGAAAUUCUCUCAGCUGAGAGGGUCUUUCCUGCUGUUGAAAUCCCCGAGACUGAAGAAGCUGCUUUAUUAAAACCAGCCUGUCACAUUCUCAGAUCACACCAAGGGCCCACCCGGGAUGCUGGUUUUAAACCAGACGCCCAUCCUCACCCCCAGAGAUGGAGCCCAUGGGCCUGGGAGAGGCCCAAAAGUCUACUUUGAGCCCCACUUGCAGUUUGUCCUGGAGCUAGAGAAAGGCUCGUUCUGAGACCUGGUUUUCAUUAAAGGCCAGAGGCUUGGUUGUCUUCCGUGAUCGCU